AUGUAUAGCAACCGCUCCCACCCGCUCCUCGAGCAGGUCCCUCUGACCGUCUCCCCCUUCAUCUCUCUGCCCACGGCCACAACCCUCUCCUACAACUACAAGGCCAUGCCCUCUGCCCUGCCGCCCUCCGCGACGGGUGUCCCAGCAGCCGUGACCGACAACGCAGCCGCCGCGGCAGGGAGCGGCGACCCGUCAGCGAACAAGCCCAAAUACGUCAUCUCGCAGUCGGGACACGCCGCGCACCCGGACGACAUCAUCGCCUCGUGUCGCGCGCUGCAGGCCCACAUUACAAAGAUGCAGGAGGAUGCCGAGCGCGACCUGCGCGAGCUGGAGGACAGGAUAAAAGAGCGCGAGCUGGCCGAGAAGAGGAGGGUUGCGCCGGGAUGGCUGGACAGCGAGGCGCGGAUACUGGAGCCCGAGAAGGUCGGCGGCUCCUCCGAGGCCGAGGAGACGCACCCAACGUCUGCCAUAGCGGGCACGAGCGAGAUGCCGCUCAACGACCAAGGGGCGGAGCUGGACCGCGUUUUUGGGGGGCUGAGCAUGAAGUAG